CUCGCAUCUAAUCGCACCUGCUCAGUAGCAAUUGUUUUGCGUUACAAGGCGGGACGCAUAGCCCGCUUCAAUACGCCUGCGGCUAUCGCAGAGCUUUCAUCCAUAGCUUUGCGCAAACACAGCUAUAGCCUCCAAGCCAGCGGCUGCUGAAGGAGCUGCGCUCGCAUAAGUUACCAAAGAGACAUGGCCGCAGCAGCAAUACUGGCACGGCGCUGCACGCGCCUGUCGCGGCGCUUCGCAACAAUAACCGAUCCGGCCGCGCCGUCCUUCGCCGCGCCCAUCGGUGCCGGCUCCAUAACGCCGCCGUCGCUCGAGCGCAUCCCGGGCCGGGCGGCACAGGUCGAGCGCCUCAAGCAUGACACGCCGUUCGACGUCGUUGUCGUGGGCGGCGGCUGCGUCGGCGCCGGUGCGGCGCUCGACGCGGCGGCUCGAGGGCUACGCGUCGCGCUAGUAGAAAGGGGCGACUAUGGCUCGGAGACCUCGAGCCGCUCGACCAAGUUGUUGUGGGCAGGCAUCCGCUACCUCGCGACGGCCGCGGCCGGGUUGCUGCGGCGGGAGUCGCUCGCGCAACCGAUGAAAGCUCUAAGGGACUUUGGCUCCGAGUUUCGAAUGGUCCUCAACUGUCACAGAGAACGCCGGUUCAUGAUCGAGCAGCAGCCGCACCUGUGCCACUGGAUGCCCAUCGCGUUACCCUUCGACCGCUGGUGGGUCAGUCCCGCGCCAUUUGGGCACCCGUUGUUCUCGCUCUUCCCGGUGCUGUCGCCGCUGGUCACGACGUUCUACGACUCGCUCUCCUCCUUCACGUGCCCGCCGUCCUUCGUCGUCGGCCCGAAAGCGGCGCAGCGGCGAUUUCCCCAAUUACAAGACAAAGGCCUGCUCUUCGCGACCGUGUUUCACGAGGCCAUGCACGACGACGCGCGCACGAACAUAGCUAUUGCUCUGACGGCCGCGGAGCGCGGCGCAGCGGUCGCAAAUUACUGCGAGGUGACUGGCCUCAUAAAAGAGAACGGGCGUGCGGCCGGCGUCAGUGUUCUCGAUCGCGUGACGAGCCAGCGCUUCGACGUCCGCGCCAAGGCCGUUGUCUUCUGUGGCGGGCCAUAUACCGACGCGCUGCGAAAGCUCGGCGACGAGAAGGCAGAGGACGCCGUCGCGGGCGCCUCCGGCACGCACGUCGUCCUUCCCGGCUACUACUGCCCGCGGGACCAGGGCCUGCUGGAUUACAACACGUCCGACGGCCGGUUUUUGUUCUUCUUACCUUGGCUAGGGCACACGCUGGUAGGAACGACGGACGCGCCUUCCGCCGCGGAGACGCGGCCGACGGCGCCGGAAGACGAAGUACAGUGGUUACUAAAUGAGUGCUCGCGCUACCUGUCGCCGGACGUGCGCGUGUCGCGGAAGGAUGUAUUAAGUGCGUGGCGCGGCUGGUCGCGACGCGGCGUCCCACACUCGUGCCGCACCGAGAGAGAUGACGCGACGGCGUCGGUCGCGCAGGCGACCCCUCGCGCGCGACCCGCACGCGGCGCCCGGCGCGCCGGCCUCUAGGGAUCAUGUGAUCUCGCGGGACCCUGCUACAAACGUCGUAUUCGCGGCAGGUGGGAAAUGGACGACCUGGCGGGAGAUGUCUGAAGAGCUCAUCGACGAGGUCUGCGUCGACUUUGAAAACGCGGAGCCGUGCACGACCACCUCAAUCGGCCUCCUGGGCCGCGACGGCUGGGAGCCGACGCUGGCGGUGCAACUCGUACAACACGGCGGUGUCCGCGCCGAAGUCGCGAACCACCUAGCACAGGCCUACGGCGGACGAGCCUGGGAUGUGUUGGCGCUCGCUCGGCCCACGGGAAAGCGCUAUCCCCGUUUUGGUAUCCCGCUCGCCGAGGGCUACCCUUAUGUGGAGGCCGAGGUGCGGUAUGCCUGCCGGGAGCAUGCAGUGACAAUCGAAGAUAUCCUCUCGCGACGGACGCGCCUGGCCUUCCUCAACGCCGAAGCGGCGCGCGACGCCGUAGAACGCGUCGCGGAAAUAAUGUCCGAGGAGCUCGGCUGGACGGAUGAGGAGCGCGCAAAACAACUCGCCCACGCCUACGACUACGUCAAAUGCUUUGGCGGGCCAAUCGCCGAUAAGACCGAGGCUGAGUUGAGGACGGCGACGGACGCUGAUUUGAGAGAGGCCUUCGCCCGCGUCGACGCCGACAACUCAGGAUACGUGUCCGUUGAUGAGUUGAGGAGAGCGGCCGCGUUCCUCGGGUUUCCUGUGGACGAUUCGGACGCCGAAUUUGGGAAGAUGGACACGAACGGCGACGGGAAGGCUUCCUUCGAGGAAUUCGCCCAGUGGUGGAACGCGUCCGACGCGCGUCUCAGCCGUCAGUUUGCCCUCGACCCGGGCGGCAAGAAGCGGACGCAAAGCAAUACGUCCGGGGCGUUCCUCGGGUAAUGUACAUGUAAUAU